AGCCAAAAUUCUAAAUGUAUUCCCAAUAAAUAUCACAGAAGCGUAAAUGUCUUUCUUGUACUUUUGAAUGUAACGAUAAUUUUUGAUUGUUAUUGAAUUGAUGUGGCAACCUCGUCGGCGCUGCCAACUGAAUGGCAAAAAAGUAUCGAUGCUGUUAACACACACACGCACACACACACACACAGCUAUCGAUAUUAAACGUACGUGUCCAAAAUCAGCUGCGUCGAAUGAAACAAACAAUGCGCUGCAUAAAUACCUCGCAACUGGCUGCCCAUUAAGAAAUUGAACUGACGAAAUCAGUUGGAUUUAGUUGUAAACAGCUGGCGAACGAAUUAGCAGAAGACAGCAGACAAGGCAACAAUGACAACACCUGGAAAAGUGCGCCGCAACGUGCUGGCCACAAGUGGACUGGGCCUGGCGCUGCUCGUUUUGUUGUACUGGACAAAACUGACGGGCGGCUACUUUGCAGCGCUCGAUGAGGCCGCAACAAACAAGAACUGUUUCUGUGAGCUGGAAGGCUCCAUCAACGAUUGCAGCUGUGAUGUGGACACGGUCGAUCAUUUUAAUAACAUGAAGGUCUAUCCCAGGCUGCAGAGUCUGUUGGUGAAAAACUUCUUUCGUUUCUACAAGGUUAACCUGAAGCAGGACUGUCCCUUCUGGCCGGACGACAGCCGUUGCGCCAUACGCUUCUGUCAGGUGGAGAACUGCGAGGAGAAGGCCAUACCGGAGGGCAUCAAGGAUAACACCGAGCACAGAGACAAGGCGGCAUCGUACAAGUACACGCGAGAGGCGCAGGUGGACAGAGGCUGCUCGGAGGCGGAGGACUUUGACAGCGCAUUGGGUUUCCUGGACACGAGCAUUAGUGAUCAGGCGCACAAGGAGUUCGAGCUGUGGGCAAAGCACGACGAGGCCGAGGAGGACUUUUGCAUUAUGGAUGAUCAUGAUGCGGAUGCACAGUAUGUCGAUUUGUUGCUCAAUCCGGAACGUUAUACGGGCUACAAGGGCGACUCGGCGCAUCGCAUCUGGAACAGCAUAUAUCUGGAGAAUUGUUUCGGUGGCAACAACGAGACGUCCAAUAAAUUCUCCAGCUAUAUGCCGCACAUGGAGCUGCGUGAUGUUUGCCUGGAGCAGCGCGCUUUCUAUCGCAUCAUCUCGGGCCUACACUCCAGCAUCAAUAUACACCUAUGCUCCAAGUAUUUGUUAUCCGAAACGAAAGACUUUCUGGAUCCACAGGGCAUUUGGGGGCCCAAUGUAAAGGAGUUCAAGCGUCGUUUCAGUCCCGAAACAACAAGCGGCGAGGGUCCACACUGGCUGCGAAAUCUAUACUUCAUAUAUCUGGUGGAGCUGCGCGCCCUGGCCAAGGCGGCGCCUUAUCUGCGACGCGAGAACUACUACACGGGCAUUGCCGAGGAGGACGAGGAGGUCAAGCUGGCCAUGCACGACAUGCUGUCGGUCAUUGAAUCCUUCCAGUCGCACUUCAAUGAGAAUGCGCUCUUUAGCAGCGGCAUCGCCUCCAUUAAGUUCAAGGAUGAUUACAAGGAGAAGUUCCGGAAUAUAUCCAGAAUCAUGGACUGUGUGGGCUGCGACAAGUGCAAGCUGUGGGGCAAAUUGCAGACCCAAGGCCUGGGCACCGCACUCAAGAUACUCUACUCGGAGAAGCUCAACUUGGCAACCGAAAGCGGUCUGUGGGACAAACCACACAUCGAGGCCGAUCCCAUUUUCAGGCUGUCGCGCACAGAAAUCGUAGCAUUAUUCAAUGCCUUCGGCAGAUUAUCUACCAGCAUAUAUGAGAUGGAGAAUUUCCGGCGAGUGCUGAGAUAGCCCAAAGGACGUUAACGCCCCAAAAAAAUAAAAAAAAAAAACACGGCACAAAUCCAAUUCCCUUCAAUAGAGCUAGACGCUACGAAUGCCCAAAAAAAAAAGAAAAGAAAUUGAUGAGCGCACAUCUAAAGACAUUAUUGAUAUGGAUCUUAUGUACGGUUUCCAUCCAAAAGUUAUGAUUAUAUAACGGGACAGCAGCCAGAGGCUAACGACCCUGUGUCCCAUAUAUGGCUGCAUUUUUGUAUAUAUACAUUGGGAAUGCAUUAAAACGUAUAUUCGUAUA